CACAUCCAUUCAACCAGUCGCCUCCCUCCUCAUGCCGGUUCCCGCUCUUUCGCAGCAGUCCGCCGCCUGGGACGCCAACCUGUUUGUGGAGGUCACUCUGGGGCCGCUUGCAGCCUGUGGCUUCUUCCCUUCCUCGCUGCCGUGCAGCGCCUGAUGGGCUUGCCACUGAGAAGACGGCUCGGAGCUGGACACUAACCGAGAAACAUCCCACGUUGCCGCGACCUCGCACACCCACAGCGGAGGGAUUUACUUUGUCUGGAAGAGCCCGCGGGCUCGUCACACGCUGAGAAGAAAAUGUUCCUCGACCCAGACGCAGCCAAAGGGACACCCUCCCGUGAUGUCCUUCUGGUCUCAGUCAUCAUCACCAUCAGCCUUAGUGUCACCAUUGUCCUGUGUGGAAUUUGCCAGUGGUGUCAGCGCAAACUGGGCAAGCGUUAUAAAAACUCCUUGGAGACUGUGGGAACUCCAGAUUCCAGCCGAUGCCGGAGUGAAAAGAAAGCCAUUAAUGAUCUAGACAGAGACUUUUGGAAUAACAAUGACAACACAGUGCAGCAGAAAUGGAGCUCCUACCCUCCCAAGGAGUUUAUACUAAACAUAUCACCUUACGCCCCAUAUGGUGAUCCACGACUUUCCCUCAAAUUACCCGUUGGAGGGAAAGUUGUGAACACAACACCAGUGCCAGGACAGACCCAGCAUGAGGAGAUUGAUCACAAAACAGAGCCCCGUUCAUCUGUCUCAGACCUUGUAAAUUCCCUUACUAGUGAGAUGCUGAUGCUAUCCCCUGGAUCUGAGGAUGAUGAGGGACAUGACAGCUCCAGCCGAGAGAAUCUGGGCCGCAUCCAAUUUAGUGUUGGCUAUAAUUUCCAGGAAUCUACUCUGACUGUCAAAAUACUGAAAGCUCAGGAGCUGCCAGCCAAGGAUUUCAGUGGCACAAGUGACCCUUUUGUCAAAAUUUAUCUCCUGCCAGAUAAAAAGCAUAAACUGGAGACAAAGGUGAAAAGGAAGAACUUAAAUCCACAUUGGAAUGAGACCUUUCUCUUUGAAGGUUUCCCAUAUGAGAAAGUGGUUCAGCGGGUGCUGUAUCUACAGGUCUUGGAUUAUGAUCGGUUUAGUCGUAAUGAUCCAAUUGGGGAAGUUUCCAUUCCUCUCAACAAAGUGGACUUGACUCAGAUGCAGACUUUCUGGAAAGAUCUAAAGCCAUGCAGUGAUGGGAGUGGAAGCCGAGGAGAGCUACUUCUGUCCCUUUGCUACAAUCCUUCUGCUAACUCCAUUGUUGUGAAUAUUAUCAAAGCUCGGAAUCUUAAAGCCAUGGAUAUUGGGGGAACAUCAGAUCCCUAUGUGAAGGUCUGGCUGAUGUACAAAGAUAAGCGGGUGGAAAAGAAGAAGACAGUAGUGAUGAAGCGAUGCCUGAACCCGGUGUUCAAUGAAUCCUUCAUCUUCGACAUCCCCACAGAGAAGCUGAGGGAGACAACCAUAAUCAUUACUGUCAUGGAUAAGGACAAGCUGAGCCGGAAUGAUGUCAUUGGAAAGAUCUACCUAUCGUGGAAGAGUGGACCAGGCGAAGUAAAGCACUGGAAGGAUAUGAUUGCACACCCUCGCCAGGCAGUGGCACAGUGGCAUCAGUUGAAGGCUUGAGAGGCAGAAGCCAAGGACUCGCUCUGGGGUUCAGUGCACCAAGUCAACAUUUAUUGGCUACACUCUCAUGACAUGACUUUAUGCACAGCGGCUGCACCGAGGUCUCCUCGUGAGGGAAAAGCUUGGGGAUGAACAGAGGCUAAGGGAGGAAACCUGAAAUAUGAACUCAAAAAAAAAACUCUGGGCAUGGGAAAGUGAUGUCAGUGCCCCUUAUGCUGGUUCAGCAGCACAUACUACUAUAAGGAGCAUUGUUACCACCCAACCUCCUGCUUUAGCCUGUCCUUCAGACUCCGUACUUAGCAAGAACAAGCAAGAGGAAGAGCAAGGACAGAGGAGAGCAGCUCCCCAGGGGCUUAAGCCCAGAGAAGUGAAAGUGGCCUCUUCAGCCCUGGUUUGUUUGAGUUUGCAGUGGGGCACGGACCUUGAAGAAAUGGGAGGAGAGGAGUCUGUUACCGCCAUACAAGACUGCCUAUGCGUUCUUCCAGCCAGAGGCCCAUUAGGAUGAUAGCCUGCCCUGCCCUGCCAUAAGAAAGCUAGCCCUUAUCUGUGGGUGCACAGACUUGAGAGGGCAAACGGCAAGAUCACUUGCUCUGUUUCAGUGAGGUGGCUUCAUUAUAAUUCAAUACAACUUGUAAGAGUAAUAAUAUAAAUAAUAAGGGUGGCUAGACCUUUACCCUAGCCAGGCCUCUAAGCAAAGCAGAGAGGAGCCAUGAUGCUCCCAUAGCCCUCUGGGUGCAUUGUGUGUGUGUGUGUGUGUGUGUGAGAGAGAGAGAGAGAGAAUAGUGUGAGUGAAUGUGUGUGUGUGUUGUAACUAUGUAUGCAGAGCAUUUAUGUGUCACUUGUGUUUUCUUUCCCUCAGCCCCAGAGAAAUUGUUUUUCUAAGGGAAUGGCUUGUCAGCCAUGCAGGGAUCCAUAAGAAUUUAUGCCAUGUGAGAAAGGAAAGCAGUUGAUUUCCAGGCUUGGAGCCAGAGGGAAGAGAGAACAGUGAGAGGCAAGGAAGCUAUUUUUUAUGACCCACAGGUCUGGAAGCUUGAAGUACAUAUCACAAACUAAAGUUUGCUAGGGAGAUACUAAUGUUUAUUUGUUCCUUUGACCUGGCAGUAGUGAAGAGACAUGUUAAAUACUGCUGAAUUUUCUCUGGUAAGCUGAUCAAACUGAUCCCUCACAAGUUGUCAUGGAUUACCCUAGAAAUGAUUGCUCCAUCCAGUCAGCCAUAAGAAAUCUACCUAUUUCAAUCUGCACUGGCACCACCUUUCUUCUCCAUCUUGGUUCCAAGGUUGGCAGAGUCCUUCCAUUGGAACAAGCGUGCAGCAAUACAAUUAGCCAGUCAGUGUCCCACUAAUUGUAAGAUAGAAUGAUUGCCUGAUAAUGAACACUUCAUUAACAACUUACAUCUCUCACAAGUGUAUGAUUUUUCAGAGAAACAUACACUUCCUCUAAAUACAUCUCAGGACUUUAUUUGAUACUAAAAUACCCCCCUGCUUUCUAAUUAGAGGCCUUAGCUGUCCAUUAAUUACUUCAACUUAGAUCUUGAUUUCUCUUUUCUCCAGAUCCUAGAACAUCUUAUUGUCUCUUUACUUUUUCCUUCUGAUAUCCUUAUCAGGAAAUUUUUUUAAAACCUUAGUUUUCUAGGUAUCUACUCAACAUAAAAAGAUUAUGGUGUCAUAGCAGGAAUGGAGGAGCACUGAAAAUAAAUCAUUGUAGCUAAUUUCUGGUUAAUCCACUCAACACUUGAAUGUAUUAAAAUCAGCAGGUGACACUAUCAUUCUCACAAUUUAGCAUAUCCUAUGUGUAAUAAUUUUACAAAAGUGACCCUAGCCACAGCCCACAAUUACUUUGUACACGUUUGACAGCUUCUCCACUUUCCACUCAAAAUCAGGAAGGCCCUGUAGAAAAGGAUUGUCUAAAUUGUUCAUCAUAAAACAUCCAGUGCUGUGCAACACUGCAAUCACACACACACACACCCCAGCUCCUGAUGAGUGCAGUGGGGACCAGGCAGCAUUGUGAUUUUAUCUGCAUAUUCACAUGCUUGAUUUGCUGUGAUCAAGAUUCAAGCUGCUGCGGAAAAUGGAUGCCUUGAUAUACAUGCAAAACGGUUUUGCGAUCAAAGGUGGCACUUGUUGAACAUUUUUAGCAUCCAUUAAACAUAACAAAAUCUACUUGGAAGACAAUUCAUUUCUGCUUCAAUAUGUCAUAGACAAGAUUGCAUGAAUCAAUUCUGAAAUGACAUUUCCAGAUUACUGCCAGGUGUUCUAUAAAAUGGCAAGAUGCUUCCAGACAAGGCUUUUAUUGUGCAGUGUCACACAGUGCUUAACUCAUAGAAUUCCAUGGAAGGUCCAGAUGAUUAUGUCUUCCAUGUAUAUCUUUUCCAUAUGUUCCCUCCACUUCUUCCAGGUUUUUCCUUAUCAUCUACUGAGAACAUAAAGAAAUAGAAUAGCUCCAAAAUACAGCUAGGAACCCUCUUUCAGGUUGCAGUCAUACACCUGGAAGGAAACUCAAAAUCAUAGUCCAGUCAACUGCUUGGGCAAUAAUUCUACUAUUAGAGUAUCCCUUAUAAAUGGUCACUCUGUUUCUCUUAAAACUUAUAUGGGAGGAAAGUAUAUGAUCUUCCAAAGCAGCCUGCUCACUUGUUUGAUGGUCUGUAUUCUUAGGAGGUUUCUAAUGGUUAUCUAAAAUCUCCUGAUUUGUUGUUUAAAACCACUGAUUCAGAUUUUCCUCUCUAGCACAACAGAAAACAAAGUUGUCCUGUUUAUGAGUCAGUUCUUCAAAUGUUUGAUGAUAGCUAUCAUAAGACUUCUUAAAUAAUUUCUUCAGGAUACAUUGGUUCAACUGGCAAGAUUCUCUUCCCUGUCUUUAUUAUUAUUGUAAGGGUGCAAAAAGUGCAGUCUAGGGCCAUAUACCCCCAUGUACAUCUCUUUUGUGGCUCCAAGAGCCCAGAUUGGGAAACUUUUUUUUUUUUUUUUUUGCAUUGUGAAGGGGCUUAAGGAGCAAAAUGGGCACCUUAAGCUUUGCAGAUACCCAAGGCAUUAACUUCAAAUAAUACAAUUCCUGCCCACUUUUGGAAUACAACUCUCAAUGUGCCACCCAACAGAAGUUGCACACCUGUGCUUUAGCACCAUGUCCUUUACCUCUAGACAGAGACAGGCUAGCUGGUUCAAGAAAACCAAGGUGGCUGUUUUGGCUUCUCAUUCUUUUUCUCCAUCAGACUAUUACUUCAUAUUUUCUAGAAUUUGAAAAACACCCCAACUGAAACUUAUUUGUGAAAUCUGCCUUAAAAAUAUGUCCAUGGUUGGUCCUGCUCCAAGGCAAGCAGCUGCAAAUGGUAGAUCCGGGGUAUCAUUAAAAAGCAGCAAGGAUUAUCAUUGUUUUUGCUACUAUGAUAAUAGUAGUAGUUGGAUUUUUUUGUUUCCUAUGCUGUUUCUUAAGCCAUCUCUGCACACAAGAGCAGCUACUUCUGCUGCAAGAAAAGAUUCUGAAUGCAUGUUUUUCUGCAGGAGGCCCAGGCAAUAGUAACUUCUAAUGGGAAAAUCAGAGAGAUUCAAGGCUUAGAUCCUCCUUUGUUUACGUUCUCCUCAGACACUACCUUUAUCACAGAAUCCUCACUUGCUUCUCCUGAAACAUGAUUUUAGCAAAUAUACCACCUGGUCCCCAAUGAGAGGAGAUGGGCUGGUGGGUGUUUUUAAUUCACCACAUUCCUUAUCUGAUGGUGACGCCAAGCCUUGAGAUACUAUAUGUGACUGUCACUGACAGCAGCCUAGAUAAAAAAAUAAUGAUUUUUAAAGCCUUCUGCUCUUGUACAAGCAAUGGGAGAUGAGAUAUAGAUAAAGCUAGGAAAACGCAAGUGAGCAUAGUAUUUGUUAGAUGGUACCAAUGUUCCUUUUUGACAUGCUUUUUCUGAAUAACUUUAUUGGACCCAGUGGGCAGAUUGCUAGCUCAUACUGAUCCAUUUCUUCCCAGGACAGGAAUGCCCAGAUGGACAGUCAAGGUAACCCUUUUACAGGCUCUGACAAACACCAAAGACUGACAGGAUUAGUUACACAUUAUGGGCAAACAACAAGACUAUUUUGGCAGCACUAUCAAAUUCUAAGAAAAACAAGCAUUUUUUUCAAUGAUAGUAGAAGGGAUGGUAGUAAAAGGAGGAUACAGAGGCUGUUCCACUUGGUGAGACCUACACCGAAUACUGAAGUCAGUGGAUAGCAGAAUUCUUGGAAUUUCCAAAAUUGUGAUUUUGGAAAAGAAUGGAUGCUGGUUUAAUAUAAAAUGGCUAGAUCCUAGUUCAUUCAUUCAUUUUGGUUGAAAGGCUGGGAGUUGGUUUAAAGCUGUCCACUCCUUCAAUUUCAACAAGAUGUGGCUCCUGGCUGCCAGCUUGGCUGGAUUCAAAAAAGGGUUGGACCAAAUCAGGGAAGCCAUGGGAAUCAGCAGUUCUUAAUUUUGAUGGCAGUGUGACUGCCUCUGAAGGCCAUCUGCUGGGAGACUGGUGGGCUUCCUUGUGCAGUUGGAUGGCCGUUGUGAGAACAAACCACUGGACUAGAUGGGCCAGGGCCCAAUCCAGCAGGUCGCUGCUUAUGUUCUUAUGUUGUUUCCAGACCAACCACUUUCCACAAUCUUGCUGCAAGUACAGAUCAAAGUUCACAAAAUCCAACAAUAUCUGCUUCUCCACACUAUCGCCCAUCACUUCCCUGUUAUCUUUCCAUGGACAUUUCCUCUGCCCAUCUUCCCUCCCAGGUCCUCCACUUAAAUCUCCCUCUGUCCUCUUGACUCGCCUCCCGGCAUUUUUCACACCUCCUCCUCUCACACACAAUUUAUUCAGCUGUUUCCCUUCUCAAAAAAAAAAAAAUGACUCCUCCAAAUACAAAGUUCGUAGCCUUGCAGCAUCUUGCUUCCUUGAAGUAUAUAGUCUCUCCAUAUACUUUUUGUAUAGAAGAAAUGGUCAUAUAGGUUACAGCAGGGCAUCUAAUACCUCCCUCCAGUCUUGACUGUUAAUCAUGGGGGCACGUGAGCCAACCUCUCAGCUAUAAACAUCCCCCAGUGUUUAGUUUCCUCCUCCAGGCAAUUAAUCCAUGGAUCUGUUCUGUCAAGUUGUAUUUGAGCAGGUUGAUUUUUACAAUGUGUAUAAUAGUUGUGAUAGAGUUAUAGGUGUGUAUUUUGUUGAUUUAGUCAGUGUGUUACUGUAUUUUUCCCCCUGUAUGAUGUACAGAUGCUUGAAUUAUAUUUCUGGCAGGCAUAUUUUUAUACAUAUAUCAAGACAUUGCUAAGAAUAAAGAAGGCAUGCAGGAAUAAGAGAAAGACCCGAAAUAACCAGAAAGGGUUUUAGAGAAACAAGGAACCUUGUCAAAAAAAAUGUGAAUUGCAGGGUGAAUUUCCCACUCCACCCUAUGGCUUUUUUGGGGGGGGGGGGAUGGCGUUCUCUCAGCUGGGCCAAGUAUUUAAAAUCAAAGCCCCCAGGGACAUUUUAAUAUAUUUCUUUAUUAUUCUACUAUUGAGAUGGGGGGAGCAG